GCCUUUACAAACAUUUAAAACAGUCUGCAAAGGCACGCGGCUGCUUUUGCUGUUGGCACAAAGAUUCGCUCCACUUUGCAUUUGGAUUUAAUCCUGCAGCUGGCCGCCAAAAACGGUGUCCUCUCUGCUCUCUUGAAAGUAAACGUCAUCUGUCGAUGAAACUCCAUGACCUCUGCUCCUGUCCAGCAGGUGAACAUGCUGCCGGACGCCUUCGGGUGCGCGGUGGCCAACCGGUUCGGGGACCUCCUGGACGACGAGGCCGACCCGCUCGACCUAAUUAGCCGCGUGGAAACGCUGAAGGAUAAAAAGAAGAGGAAGGAGGAAGAGGAGAGGAAGAACAGGCAGAAGAAAGCGGGUCAGAAGGAGUCGCAGAGGGACAGGCGCGCGCGAGAGCUGGUGGUUCCAGUGCAUAAGCAGCAGGUUUAUCCUGCACCACCGACUGAAGGCAGAGAUGGAGGAGAGGAGGCCCAGAGGGGCACCAAGAGGGCUGCUGCUGGACCACGGAGGGGCAAUAAAGAGGAACACCCCCUGCAGUCAUCCACCAUGAAGCCCUCCCAUAAUGAUGACUCUGACCUCAGGGACAGAGGGGGGAGCAGAGGGAGGAGAGGAGCCAGAGGAGGACUCACGAGGAGCUCUGACGCCUUCAAUUCAAGAGGCAAGAGAGAGUUUGAUCGGCACAGCAGCUCAGGUCUGUCUGUGGAGGAGAAGAGAGGAGGUCGAGGACCUUGGAACUGGGGCUGUGUGGAUGACGCUGGCAGUGAACUGAUGGAGGUGACGUCUGACGCUGUCGGAAAAUCCGAGGAUCCUCAAACGCCUCUGGAGGAGGCGAAUCUGAAUCUGGCAGCAGAGGACGACAAAGAGAUGGUGGUCCAGGUUGCCAUGGAGAUGACCCUGGAUGAAUGGAAAGCCAUGCAGGAGAUGAAUCGCCCCAAAGCGGAGUUUAAUAUCCGCAAAGCUGUGGACAAGAUUCCAUCCAAGGCUAAAGUCAUCCACCAGUCCAAGAAUCCGGAGAACCUGAAGGAGACGAUGGAGGAUGAAGGGAACUUCCUCCGCAGAUCCGUGAAUGACAUCACUUCCCUCUUGGACAUCAACUUUGGGAGUCUUGGGCGUCCCAGCCGUGGAGGUCGAGGCAGAGGAGGAAGAGGUGGUCAAAUGACUCGCUCCGAGAUGCCCAAACCUGUGCUAGAAAGGGACGAGGGUCUGGCACCAAACCCCGACGACCCAGAAGACUUCCCAGCACUGUCAUAAGGAAAAUGACAAAUUCACUCGAGUUUCUGUUCCACUCAAUCCACUGUUCAAUAAAAGCUUUUGCAAAGUG